UGUCAAUAUUUUAUUGUUUCGCUGAUAAAACACCCUCUUUCUAAUAACCACUGUCACACUCGACAACGUACUAGUGAUAGCAGAUCCGUCGGACACUAUAAUGUCGUUUAGCGUCGGCAAAUUCCUUACUGGCGGCAAAUAUACCUACAAACUCUGGGCCAUCAUCAAAACUACCACGGCAAAAAAGCAAAAAAGGCUCAGAAGAGAGCGCGAGGCAUAUAAUAGGCGAGCAAUCUAUCAGAGCCGCCACAUCCGGUCUCUGUACGACGAGAUCAAUCAGUACAUAAGCGAAAACGGCUUCCAUGGCAACACCGCUGCCUUUAAAGAAGCCGUGCAGUUAAAUCCCUACUGUCUUGUACUAGAAUAUCUCGACGUGCCGCUAAGCGCACUUAACCCAGCUAAGUACAAGGAUAAUCCUGUCUUCAUGGCCGCACUCUUCAAGGGCACGUUAGGAGGCGUGAAAGACGUUAGUCUUACUAAAAAUGUCUGGACGGAUUGUAAGCCUGAUAAUGUACUCUGCUCCAACGUCGACGGACGAAACCCAAUAGUCAAGAUCUCAGACAUAGGCCUCUGUCAACUAGACGGCUACAACCAGGUGCAAAUGCAAUAUAGCUGCCGCCACGUGUCAGACGUGUAUUCUGUAGGAUCUACAAUCAUCUCGUGGCUUCAACCAGGAGUCCUUGGCCCACAAGACGUCAAACCGCCCAUCUUUGCGGACGCAUGGUGCAUUGCCAAGAUAAUCAAGCUGGUGGAGACGGAGAAUGAACAGACGGUCGAUCCGCCGGCUGGUGUCGCCAGUAAUGUAAAGUCGAUGUACGAGUUAGGUCGAGUACUUCUCACGCAGCCCAAAGAUGACGAUAACGGGAGCAUGCACGUCCUAGCACGGCCUCUUAGGGAGGUCUUGUGGAGACUAGGCACCAUGCCUAAGGUCAAGGCUCUCCUCCAGGUUUUACUUGCACUAAACUUCCAGAACCGCUUGCCAGCGGGGCAGGUGCUCACGUCGAAGAAGUACGAGGCACUUUAGCACGCUGCACUGAGCAAAUGAACGUCGGGGAGAUGCAGAUUGCUUAAGGAAAUCCCCACACAUGCUAGCAGGGGCAGCUCUCCUCUCCGUCCUGAUCAUUGGUAGAGAAUGUCGCAAUCUUCAGUAGUCGCGUUGCUACGAUUGGAUGAGGAAACGGCCGAUGGUUGGGUAGAACAUGGG